AUGAUUCAACAAGAAAGUGAUGCUGCCAUUGAAUGUUCAACGACAAAGCCUGAGGCUAUCAUUGAGCCUCAAGAGACACUGACUCUUCCAUUUACAAUAAAAGCUAACGGAGUCGGUCCACUAGUCUCCACAGCAUCCUUUCAUAUAGCAGGAUCAACAGAGUCACCAUUGAGACUAAAGCUACACUGCACUGGUGAGGGGCCAGUGGUCUCAGUAUCACAGGAACACUUAGACUGGGGCCUCUCACCAAUGAGAGAGAGCAGUGUUUUUACAGUUCAUCCAUUUGCUGGUGUAAUUCCUGCUAGAAAGAAACUGUCACUUACUGUAACUGCAGAAUUAGAUGAUGCCAUUCAGUUCACUGAUAAAUUAACCAUAACAAUAAUUGGUGGUAUUAGUUAUACAGUCACACUGUCAGCUGAGGGUAAAGGAACUACUAUAGUGAGUGCUCCGUCAAUGCACUCCUCAGUCAACAUGGGGACACACUUUGCUUGCAGUCAAGUGAGGAAGCAGUUCACAUUAACUAACAGAGGGAGGAGGAGUCAGGACAAAAAGAGCAAGUCAAGAGAACACUUAAGGUUGCUAGAUUAAUAUCUGUUGUUCUUUUUUAUAGGACAAAAAGUGUAGGUCAAGAGAAUAAUAUUUUGUGACUUUUUUUGAUAGCUACGUUAAAGAAUUAAUACAAAAGGAUUAUCAGGCACCAUAGUAUCUAUGCAGGCACUUGACCAUAAGUGCAAGAUGAAGAUUGUUUACAUCACAUAUCUGAUAUCAUGAAUUGUGACAUUUUAAGCAUCAUUAUUUUAUUAUUAUUACUAUAUAAUGUUUUACAACACACA